AUGUCUACUCCUCCUCGUCCGAGAACUCCUUCGCCAUCCGGCGUCGGACGAAGACGGUGCGGUGGCUGCCGGACCAAGCUCCACCGCAAAGACCGGCACGAGUUCUGCUUCCUCUGCCUGGGAGCUCACCACCACCGGGAAGCGGCGACGUGUGCGGCGUGCCUUUCUCUCCCCGGGGAGGAGAGAGAGCGCCGCGCUGCUUAUGCCACCUCCGUGGAGGCUCGCCCGGGUCCCUCCCAGGAGGAGGAACCUGAGGUUGAGUAUGUCCCGCUCGACCUGCCUCCUGCACCCAGGGAGUGGGGAGACUGUGUUGUGGAGGAAGAGUUUGACGAGGACCGGGGUUCCUACGUCACUCUCGACGAGGCUAUUUCCUUGUGCGAGGAACAAGACCGCUUCCCUCUGGACCACAUGCCCCGCCUCUUCGCCACGGCAGCGGCCACCAUGGAGACCCCCCUGCCUCCAGCUACCCACCCAGAGAGAGAGCGACUUCACGUCGCUAAGAAGCCUGCUCUGGGGUACGGCGCCUAUUGCUCGGUCCAAGACUGGUCCUGGUCCAAAGGGGUCCCGGAAGUGGAGGACGCUGUCCGGCUCGCACUACUCCCGCAGUCCUCGGUGUGGCCCGGCAGCAGACCUCUCCUUCCCUCGGAGCGGGAUAGGAUGAGCAUGGCUGUACUGGAUAGAUGCUACGCUAACGCAGCACAGGUCGUUGCGUUAGCUAGCAAUAUGGCUCUUCUCACCGGGGCCCUCGAUAGGUCUCUAUCCACGGGUCAAGCUCUCACCGACGAGGACCUGGACCGGGCCAGAACCACCACGGCGGCCAUACUCCGUAUGAUCCAGGCGCUGGCUAUUGACGGUGGGCGAUCCAUGGCGUCCGCACAGGUCGGUGCUCGCCAUCUGUGGCUGGGGCUAGCGGACAUCAAGGAGACGGAGAAGAGGCAGCUCCUGGACCUCCCUAUAUCCUUGGAUUCCCUCUUCGGUCCAGACAUGAAGGGGCUCGUCGCGAGACUGGACGCUGCUGCCAAAGACUCCGCCAUGCUGGCUCCUCAUCUGCUCCCUCGCCGUGUGUCACAGCAGCAGCAGCAGCAGCAGCAGCAGCAGCAGCAACAACAACAGCAGCAGCCUUAUCGCGGCAGAGAGAGAACCACGGGGUUCAGAGCCUUACUCCGGUGGUUUCCGUGA